CCUCCUCUCCCUCUCUCCUCCCUCCCAUGCCCUCCCCUCGUCUCCCCCCUCGCCCCCCCAGCCUGCGGAGACCCAGGCCGCCCUCUCCCGUCUCCCUCGGCGACCCGGCAGAUGAAGAGGUGUACCACAUCACCAGCUCAGCCCGCCACUGGUGGAGAGACUACGAGGAGGGGAGGCAGGGGGGUCGCGGGGCGGUUGGUCGCAGCCACUCUCUCUCCCCCUACGCCACCCCGCACUCCCUCGACUCGGCCUCCACUUCAUGCGCCCCUCCGCCUCCUCCUCCUCCCCCGCCGCUGCCUGCUUCUUCCACAAGGAGCUCGCUCUGCCUGCUGGGGGUGGGGCUGAAGGACCGCGACUUCAGGAAGGGCUUCAGCGUCGACAACCAGGGCUUCCUGAACAAGCCGUCACACGGUUACCCUGACGACCAGCGGCGCCACUCCAUCGAGAUCUGCCUCCCCCAGGCGGCUGCCAACAGGGACGACCAGGCAUAUAAAGAGGGGGAUCACUGGUUAGAGAAGGGGGGUCGGCCUUUCCCUAUGAGGGUGCAGUCAGUCGGUGGUGGCCACAGGAAGAAGAAGAUGAGUCCGCCAUGUAUAUCCAUCCACCCGCCCUCAGAAAGAGAGCACCCACAAACGGCCUUGCCUCCGGAGCUGGUCGACUGCAGCAUGAUGCUGAGACGCAGGACACCGUCCUACGACCUGACCCCGCACACACACUCCAACAUGCACAUGCCAGACAUCAUGGCAGACACAUACGCGCUCACACCGACGCAUUCCCUGACACAGACGGCGGCGCUCACGCCGAUCCACCUGCCGGUGAGAACACGCUCGUCGACCGGCGCGCUGACACCCACGCAGGCGCUCACGCCAACACACACUCAGGCGUACACUCCGCCGCGCGCGCCGACACCCACGCAGGCACACACACCUGUGCACCCGCACAUCCCCAUCAGCCCAAACAUCUUUAUCCAGCCUCAUGCGCCUGUUCACUCAAACCCCAUGCCUUUUCCACAGGCACACACCCUCUCCCCCACUGCGAGGCUCUCCCCCCUCACCAGUGACUACAGACCCCUCCCUCGGUUUACGUUCGACCAACCAGAAUCCAGAUACAUGAGUGGCCUGUCAGCUGGCUUAUCAGACGCUGAUCCGGCCGCUUGCCCCGCCCCUUUUGACAACAGACUGGAAAGCGGGGCGGGAUUCAGCGCAAAGAACCGUAGGACUGCCCAAUGAAAGUCGAGCAUUGCCUUCAGGAAUUGACACAAUUGGCCGGAGAGCCCUGAACCUGGUCCAGAGGGGGUGUGGCCGCACCGCAACAGAGACUGGCGAUUUGAGGAAAUGAACGAGAAGUUCAGCAGAGGGAUGCUGGGAGCGAUUGUUUUUCAGUGAAUAAUGAAGAGAGACAUCGGUUACUCUUUCCAGAGAGACGCUGGUCCUGUCCCGUCCUGAAUCCGUGGACAGAGGCUUUGUGAAGCCAGAUCCCGUCCAGCUGUGCCAGUGAAACUGUUUCCACUGUACAUGGUGUGUUUGGGACUUACACUUAACAGCACACUGAGACUAAAGCCACCUAACUCCGUAGCCAAAGUAUUUUUUGACACUCCGUCCCCAACCACGCGAGCCAAUCAGGAAGCAGCGUCUGGCUGACGACCUUUGACCCUAACAGGAGGUGGUUUGUGAAACGCGAGCGUGGGGGGAAUUGUGGGAUAUGCAACUUCAGGUUUUCUACAGGAGCUCUGCUUGCCCUUCCUCUGCUCCUCGAUCACAUUGAUCAGAGCAGAAGUGUACGUGUGUGUGUGUGUGUGUGUUUGUGUGUGUGUGCGCGCGUGUGUGUGUGCAUGUGUGAAUGCUGUCAGACCUCCAUUUAUCAUGGACAUGGAUCAUGUUAUUCUUACGCCUGCACAGACAGAGAGGGGGAGCAGGACAGAGCUGUAGUGUACGUUUAUCUGUGUAUCUCCAUGCAGUGUAAAUAAAGGAAAUAUUGUAUUUGGUGAGAUUAAAAAUAGCUCUAUCCAUAUGCACAUAUUUUUAUAGAGAUCUAUAAUGUUUUUUGCACACAAUGAAUUUGAAUUUCAAGUUGCUCGUUUUUCCUCUGUUGUCCUCUUGUGAAUGUAUGUUUUUUUUUUUUCUUUUCUUUUCAAAACCGAGAGAGCAGAGAAGGAGAUCGACCCUCCUCUCCGCAGGCUUGCCGAGGAAGAGGAGUGGCAUUUUAUUUUUCUAUGAUGAGGACAAGGAGAAAGAGUAUGAGGAGCGUGAUGUGUUUUCGUAGCUUUGUCUCAGAUUUUUAUGUAUCUGGUGUCUCAAUAGCAGCCUUAAGACGUGGGCUCAGUGACGCAAACAAAACCCAUGUACAAGCGUUUUUUUUUCCACACUGGAGGCUGAACAUGACGGUUUUAAACUUGGAAAUGAAAUUUUGUUUGGAACGGGAUGAACUAUAAAUGUUUAAAGGCAAUCCACUUGAGACCACUGGCCAAAUGCUUGUGCUGUCUCUCCGGAAGUUCAAAUGGAAUUUGGGAAUUUGGGA